AUGAAAUAAGAUGACCUUCACUCACCUAGUCUUUGUGGGUAUCUUAACUUUUUCCAUGUUUUGGGAGAGAUGGAAUCAUAAAAUCUGAUCUCUUUAUAAGAGAAAAAGAUUGUGAAAUAAAAGUUGACAGUCAAGGAUCCUUCACUAUUAGUAUUACUAUCAAAAUAACAUGAUGACAAUCAAAUGAAGGAAAUGUUGCUAUCCUACAUUUCUUAGCUUCAGAUGACUAGAUGUAAAUCAUAGACCUAGGAGUUGAGUCCAUCAAGAAAGCAGGAGGGAUAAAUUUUAGUAAUCUAUAAUUUUAUCUGAGACUCAAACUGUAAAAAUGAUUGACUAGUUGAUCAAAUAAUUAAACAGUAUGUUCCAAAACUAACAUUAAUAAGUACAAGAAUUUAUAAAUAUCAAUAGAUGACUGAAGAGUUUAGAGACAAAAUAUAAAAACUGAGGGGACUUUUAUAUUAGAUUGAUUAUCAGGAAGAAAUUGAUUUAACUACAACUUAGUAAUUGCAAUAGAUUUACUAGUUAAUAAAAGUAAUUUUAUCAUAAUGCUUAGCAAAGGUAUUCACGUUAUAUGAAUUCACUUCUGUUAUUGAUGGAUGAAAAGGUUGAACCAAAAGAUAUCUAAGAAUUUCUUAAGACAUUUUUAAACUAAUUAAUAGGUUGUACAUCCUAUGGAUAUAUAAUAAUCAAAGAUGAAGUAGUCUCAUUACAUAGGGAUGAAAAAUAUGAACAAUUGGAUUUAAAUGAGUAAUGUAAAAGAGAAUUGUAAAAUCUCACAGACAUUACAGAAAUUCAAUAACUUGAAUCUUUGAGAAAAUAUUUUAGAAAUGGAGAAUACAUAUUGAAGUUGUCUAAUACCUAAUUUUUUACUAUGCAAUUAGAUUAAGAUUUUACAUAAUUUGUGAUGUUGGCAACUAAAUACAAAUAUUUGGAUUCAAUUAUCGAUCUUGCAUAAUUUGUGAUUUAUACUGAAUAAUAAAUUAAGGUAUAAUAUUUUAGCAUCUUAUCAAUUGGAGAUACUGUAUUAGAAAUUGGAUUAGAGAUUGUAAGAUGUUCAAAGUAUUUAUUAAUUGAAUAAAUAUUAUCAAUUAUUAAUGGAUAAUAUCAAAUAUUACAGAUUAAUGAAUAUUAGCCUCAUCUGGUUACAUUUAAGUUUAAGGAUUCAUAAUCUCAAAACCUAUUUACAACCGAUAUGGACUUAAAGAAACCUUAAGAUUUAUUAAUUUACAAUCAAGUUAAUCAAUAAUAUCAAAGAUAUUAACAAUUUAUAAAGUAAUGUUAUGAAAGAAUGUCCUUUUACAAAUAUUUUCUAAGAUCUAAAAGUCUAUUCAUGAUUGAUUUUGAUAAAUAAGGAAGACUAAGAUUUUUGAGUAAGGCAUUGCCUCAAAAAAUCAAACAGUAAUUUAAUAUCGAUAAAACCCAAAUCGAUUUAACUUAUAAGUAGAUCUUCCAUUCCAAUCAAUCAAUGAUAUAAACAAUUGAAACCUAUAUUAGUAAUUCUAAGUGGAAAUUGAAUCAAUAAGAAGAUGAAUCAAAUAAGACAUUUGAAAUAUUUAUCCGAAAAGAAGAGAAACAAUUUAAAGGAUUUACAUUAAUUGUAUCAGAGAAUGAUUGGGUAAGGAGAAAGGCGUAGCCUCCAAAUGCAGGCAAUCUAGUUAGACAAUAGUUAUUACAAACAGAAACCAUGGAUUAUAUUAAGAAACUGGAAGAAUUUAAUCCUGACAUCAGAAAUUCAGUUGUGGCUAUGUACAUGCCUUAGAUUCAGGAAUUCAAUCCAGUGUAAUAAUAGUCGUAAAAGACUCCAACCUUAGUUUUUAGAAAGAUAAAAAAAGACUAAGUGGUUGGGAAGAAUAGUUUCCUAUUUAAAUAAAGGGAAGAGGAAAAAAAGUCUAUGAAAGUUAAUCCUAAUAAAUUUAAUGAAUCUCAUUUAAUUGUUAAAGAGUAAGACAUCAUCUUAGAUUCUCUAGAUUUUAAUAUUCAUGAGGUAUCAAUAAUAAUAUUAAUCGUCUUUAGAUCAAUAACUUGAUUGAGAAGCAAAGAUUGGUUUGGUCAAUUUUAGCUAGAGGAAACUUUAUAUAAAUGUUUGGCAUUCCUUAAGAGAAAUUAGUCAAUUUUUUAAAUGAGAUGGAAACUCAGUACAAUAUGAAUAAUAAUCCAUAUCAUAAUUAUGAUCAUGGUAUUGCAGUUAUGUAAGCUGUAAACUGCUUUGUCAAAUAAUUAUUAUAACACUUAGGAGAACACUUAUUCAAUAACACAACUAGAUUUUGUUUAUUGCUUUCUGGACUUUGUCAUGAUGUAGCUCAUACUGGUAAAACAAAUGCGUAUGAAGCUAAUUCAUUAAGUACUUUGGCUAUCAGAUAUCAUGAUAGAGUGGUAAUUAUAUGUAUUAAUAUGUUAGGUAUUGGAAUAGCAUCAUGCAGCAACAACUGUUAAGAUUCUUAGAGAUUCUUCAACAAAUAUCUUAUGCAAUUUUUCAGAUCAAGAUUUUCGAUCAUUUAGAAAAUAAUUGAUAUCUAAUAUUCUAGCUACAGAUAUGUAAGAACAUUUUAAGAUGCUGAAAGAACUUGAAUCUAGGAUUGAAUAGUAUGGAAAUGAUCCAGAAGACUUAUCUUUGCUUUGUGGAAUGAUCACACAUACCGCAGAUUUCAAUGGUACUGCUAGAAAGUGGCCUUAGAGUUAAUUAUGGAGUGAGAAGAUUAAUUAAGAAUACAGAGCUUAAUAUGAGGAUGAAGGAAAGAAGGGAUAUCCUCAAUAACCAUUUAUGAAGGAUUUAGACAAAGUAUAAAUUAUUCUAAAAAUUUUUUAGUUGCAUGUUAUGUCAAAGAAUGAAAUGGGAUUUAUAAAGGUGAUUGUGAGACCAUUAUAUUAUCAAAUGAAUGUAUUUGGGAAGGGAGCAUUUUAAAUUUGUGUAAAUAAUUUAGAUGAAACCAUUUUGGAAUGGGACAAAUUGUACUAAAAAGGGAUUUAAGAAUUAGAGCAAUAAGAAUAACAACAAAAACAAGAGUCUAAAUGA